AUGGCCUGCUUUUUCUUCGAGGGGAACAUGGAUGAUGCUUUGAAGUACUUCACAGAAGCCAUUGAACUGAAUCCUGGAUUGGCUAUCCUCCACGCUAAGAGAGCAAAUGUUCUUCUAAAGCUGAAACGUCCAAUGGCAGCCAUUGCCGAUUGUGACAAAGCCAUUUCCAUCAAUGCUGAUUCUGCACAGGGAUACAAAUUCAGAGGAAGAGCCUACAGAUUACUUGGAAAAUGGGUUGAAGCUCACGCCGAUCUCGCGACGGCAUGUAAGUUGGACUACGAUGAUGUAGCGAAUGAAUGGCUCAAGGAAGUAGAGCCAAAUCUCGACCUAGUGUUGCGGAACUAUCGCAACAUUCAACGGCCUAGUACUGAUUAA